AUGUCCACUGCAGCUAGCGACAACCCACAAGCAGGCGCUGGGCGUCCAUUGCCCAAGAAGGAAGCCGAUCUGUUCAAGAAUGUGGUCAAGCAUUAUGAGAUGAAGCAGUACAAGAAAGCCAUCAAGCAGGCAGAUACCAUUCUCAAAAAGUUUCCCAACCACGGGGAAACUCUGGCCAUGAAGGGUCUGACAUUGAACUACAUGUCCAAACGAGAGGAAGCGCAUGCUUUGGUCAAGCAAGGUCUGACCAUGGAUAUGAGAUCGCAUGUUUGUUGGCACGUUUAUGGGCUGCUACAUCGAUCCGAUCGAAACUACAAUGAGGCGAUUAAAGCCUACAAACAGGCCCUGCGCAUUGAUUCAGACAACCUACAAAUCUUGCGUGACUUGAGCAUGCUGCAAAUUCAGAUGCGGGAUCUUCAUGGAUUCAUGGUCACUCGCCAUACACUCUUGACACUCAAAUCCAAUGGAAAACCCAAUUGGUUGGCAUUUGCAAUGGCUCGACAUCUUACCGGCGAUCUUCGUGGGGCCAUUUCCGUCAUUGAUAUCUACCUGGGAACUCUCUCGGAGGGAUCUCCCGAACUUGACCGUGGCUUUGAAUCAUCCGAACUGGCACUCUACCGAAACUCAUUACUCGCGGAGAUACCCAACAACUAUGAAGAAGCAUUGAAACAUUUGGACGAAUGCCAGAGUGUUGUCGUCGAUACGGGAGCACUCAUAACCGCACGCGCCAAAUAUCAGUUGAAACUGGGAGACUUUGACACUGCCCACAGCACCACACUGCGCCUCUUUGAACGUGGCACCACGGAUGACUUUCGGAUCCAGUCACUCUACAUGUUAUGCGUCUUGAAAAUUAACGACGAAAAAGUAGUCGAUGAGGCGCUACGGCUAAAGGGAACACGUACCCUGGCAUCUUACUUGCCGCUCACCAACGAACAGAAACAAACGCUCCGAACAGCAUACAGGGAAGAACUGGCACCCUUAUAUCCCAAGUCGUAUGCGGUACAAAGAAUACCCCUCGCACUCAUGCAUGAUCAAGACGAACUCGUCGCAGCCUUGGAUCCCUUUUGCCGUAGAGACUUGACAAAAGGUGUCCCUUCUCUCUGCUCGGAGCUUGGUUGCUUUCUCCUGCUAGAAAAGAAUGGUCUUCUCGUCAAAGCCGAAGAUCCCGUCGACAUCAAAGAACACCCAACCUUUCAAUCUUUGGUCAAGAUGGUGGAUGGCUAUGUGGAAAACCUCACCGCUUGCAACAAAUUCGCGGCUUCGGACGAAACAGAGGAGGCGCCGUCCACCCUUCUUUGGACAUUGUAUCUUCGCGCGGGUCUGUAUGAGUUGGAAGCAGAUUAUGGAAAGGGAAUUGAGAUGCUAGAUAAAUGCCUCGAACAUACCCCCACUGCUGUGGAUGUCUACGAGCUCAAGUCACGAUUGCUGAGAAAAGCAGGAGAUAUGAAAGCCGCCGUGGAGGCAUUGGAUCAAGGGCGCGACUUGGAUCGGCAAGAUCGAUACAUCAACAAUCAAACUACCCGGUACAUGCUACUCGCAGGCAUGGAAGAGGAAGCCCUGAAAAGAAUAUCACUAUUCACUAGGCACGAAGGAAAUCCUGAACAGAAUCUGUUUGACAUGCAAUGCUCAUGGUACGAAUUGGAGCUGGCCGCCUGCCUGAGGCGGAAAGGCGAAUGGGGACGCAGCCUCAAAAAGUAUUCCGCUGUCGUAAAGCAUUUUGCUGACUACAGUGAAGAUCAAUUUGAUUUUCAUGCUUACUGUCUGCGAAAGGUUACUCUUCGAUCGUACAUUGAAGUUCUCCGCUUCGAGGAUAAGCUCUACGGAGAGGAUUACUACUUUGAAGCUGUCAGCGGCAUCAUUGCUAUCUACCUACAUCUCUAUGAUAAUCCUGAUCUGUUAAAGAAUGAUGAAGAGCCAGACUAUUCGAAAAUGACUGCGGCGGAGCGCAAGAAGGCUAAGAAUAUUGCGCGCAAGAAGAAGAAAGCCCAGGAGAAGAAAGAGGCUGAACAGAAGGAAAAGGAGGCUGCUCAGAACGGUAGCAAAAACAACAACGCCAACAGCAAAAAGGGUGGAGGGAAGCCGGGAUCGGAUGUUGUCGAAGAGGAUCCAAACGGCGAAGAGCUUCUGAAGAAGGAUCCACUGGAAGAAUCUCAAAAGUUUGUCAGUAUCGUCUCCAAAUUUGCACCCAACUGUUUCGACACCUGGAUACUCCAAUACGAUGUCUCUAUUCGGAGGAAGAAGUACAUGCUUGCCCUACAGGCUCUGUACCGGGCUCGAUCCAUUGACUCUGAACGGAGCGAGUACAUCUCCCGGUUAGUUGACUUUUCCACCAAAAUGAAUGCAGUCGGCGAUCUUCCUGGGCCCGUUGGAACAAUUCUCAAGGAGGAAACCCCUCAUUUGCUCGACAACAAGUCAGUAAAAGAGUUCCUUGACGCUGCCGUGGCUAAGAUUGGCCAGACUGGAUCAAAGGCAACCCUGCCUGUUCGAACAUCAGUAGCAAAGGCCUUGGUCGAUACAAAGGCGGGUUCAGUAUCCACUGCAGCCGCUCUGAUACUGGAUGGUGGGAUCUCGGCGAAAGGCGUUUCGGUUCAAUCAUGCAGCGAUGCUUUUGCAGUUUUGAAAUCUUUCGGCGGCGAGGCAGCGUCUGCCGCAGACAAGUGGGUUGCUCAAGUCAAGGAGCGCUUUCCGCUGGCGCAAAGUUUAAGCUAA